UAUUUGCUAUCGUCACAGAUGCAACUGCUUGAAGAAGUGGCCGUAUGCGUUCAAAUGAAUUGGUUGACGUUAUUGACUGGAAAGUCGAACGUUGGAAAGGCGUCGACGAUGAUAGAUUAUGUGAACAUCGAAAAGAUUAAAGCCGAGUGCAUGGAAUUUCUAGUGGAUCAGAAGGAAUUGCGUGAUGCGGUAGCAAAUUGUGAUGAUGCUUUAGCACUAAGAUUAUCGAUCCAGAGUGCUGCGUAUCUGGUUGAAGAAGGUAAAUAG